AUGAAUGAAAAUCCAGAUAUAAGUGAGGCCAGAUACCAAAGGUUAGUUAAUCAGCUUGAAAAUCCUAAAAUAUUUAACUUUGAUUGGCAUGACGUGGAUGAAGAGUUGGAUUACCAUAACAUAAGAGAAAUAGUUUAUUCCAUCCCAAGGAUCCACUCACGUCCCAGAUGUUGGUACAAAGCAAUAUUAUCUUUUCCUGCAUGCAGUGUGAAAUGUUUUCGGCCGUUUCCUGAAGAUGAAUUAACCGCCAAAUUUGUUGAGGCCACCGGUUUUGAUUUUGCUUUGAGUCCUAUCCUGUUUGAACCUUGCAGUCAGUUGUCAGAUUAUUAUUUUCAAAGAAAAAUAAAUCGAUUGGGGGCUGCCUUGGAUAAAAAAAACGAUAAAAAGAUGCGUAUUUCUUCAAUGCCUCGUUGCUACUGUCUUCCAGUAGAAUCGCGUGACGAAUGGUCAAAUUUUCUGAGCCUUAAUACUGGUGUUCUCUCUGACAUUUCCAUCUUGUUACAGUUAAUGUUUUCUUGGUCCUUUUCUUUUCAUUCUAUGUCUGCUGGUUUUUUAUAUGAAAAUAUCUUAACUUCUGUAAAAGUGUUCCCAAUACAAGUGACUUGCACCAAUAUAUCCCAAGUACAUUUAUUGGCACUGUAUGGAUUUGUUGGAAUUAAAGAAUCGCCAACAGAUAUUUCAUUUAGUAUCAUGCGUCAGUUGUUAAGGUUUGCCAUAACCUACAAGCUGGAUAUCGUGGGACUAUCGGACUACGACCGUUUGCUCAUCAUUAAAUUUGAUCUAGGCUCUCAUAACGGUGUAAUUCGAUAUGAUUACAGGUUGCUUGAUUUAAAAUCGACUCCUAUCAGCAUGAAAUGGGCAAUCGCAGCGUUAGCUUAUGACAAGAUUAUGCGAAAAGAUGAGGAGAGAAAGGUAGAGGAGAAAAAGAUUGAGGCUUUCCAUGAUAGUUUGGCGUUGAGCAAAGAAGAAUUGAAAAAGAUUGGAAACCAGCGGAUUAGACAGAUCAAAAAAGAUCAAAGACCUCGGCCUGGUGGUGUAUGGAAGUCGACGAAUAUUGUUUGUACUCCGGACUACUUGAAUAUUUUGAAAACAAAUGAAGGGAAGGUUUUUUGCAUGAAGACGGCAGAAUUCAUUGACUAUAUUGAUAUCAAAAAGUUUCCAGUUUCCAGCGAUAUUGAUGAGGUCAUGUUGAAGCUCGUCGACAUGAGUGAAUUGAAACGUCAUCAUUCCCUAGAUGAAUGGGGAAAUUUUUCAUUGCCAUACUUCCAUAUAGUAAAAAAACGAAGUAUUGAUUGCUUUUAUAAACAGAUUGAAUGCUACGAGAGAAUUGGGAAGUACAAUAAACUUCAUCCUGGCAAUGAUGAGAGAAUUCAUUGCCCUAGAUUUAUUGGAUAUGGAUGUGGAGUAAUUGCCACGAGAUGGGAGUACGCUAGCGGAUUGUUCUUUGCUACUGAAAGAUUGGAAGGUAACGAAGCGAAGACUCCCGAAGAGUUUGCAAAAGGGAUCAAAGAAAUUGAAAAGCUUGCAAGAAUUGGUAUCAAAUAUCCCAGUGUUUACUCAGAAAUGUUUUCUAUUGUUAAUGACGAAUUUUAUUUUGUUGGUUUGAGUACAGUGUCAUUGGAAGAGCCAUUCGAUCCAGAGCACGAUAUUGAGAUGUAUAGGAGAGAGUUUGUUGAUUGUGAAUUUUGA